GCUGCUCCUCCCUUGUCCAUAGCUGUAUCCGGGUCAUUCCGGUGACAUCCCCCUUGUCCCGUUCCCGCGGGGUCAUUGUGUCGCUGCGGGUUUCCGGUGCCCCUCCCCCUCCCAGGGAGGUUUGUGUGGCGGUGCGGUUGGCAUCGCCGUUGAGCCGUUUUUUCAUUUAUUCUAGUCCCCUCCCCGUGCUUGCCCGCAUGGAUCCUCUCGGGCAGGAAAGGCGGGGCCCCCGAGGCGGGGAGCACGGCGGCCCGGGUCAGAAUCCUGUAGGUAUGGCUUAUGUACCAACAGAGGAUGAAAGAAGAAUUUUCAGGGAAUGCAGCGAAGAGAGCUUCUGGUAUAGAUCUGUGCCUAUUUCUGCAAUAAGCAUGACUGUCACUCAGGGCUUAAUUAAGAAAGGAAUUCUCACCACUCAUUCAAGGUUUGGCUCUCUUCCCAAAGUUGCAUUUGCGGGUAUAUGUGGAUAUAUUGCUGGAAAGAUUUCUUACCUGUCGGCCUGCCAGGAGAAAUUUAAGAGACUGGAGAAUUCCCCAAUAGGAGAAAGUAUACGACAAGGGCGCAGACCUCUUCCACAUGAAUAUGCUGCUCAAAAAUCAGAGUUUGCAAAUUUGCCUUCUCAGUCUCCUUUUGGAUCUUCUCCAACAGCUGAAGCCUCACUUUCUUCCAGCUAUUCAGAUGAAUAUGGUUCAGCAGAUCAAUCUGUCUCUAAUUAUGCACCAAUUCCAUUCAGUUCUUCUCUGAAUGAAUCCUGUCCUACUGGAAUUACUGAACAUAAUGCCCCAGAACCUGUUCCAUUACUAGAAGAAAGUCCUAAAAGAAAAAAUGUCUCAUAUGAGGAGUUAAGGAAUAGAAACAGAGAGACAUAUGAAGUAGCAUUAACGCAAAAGGCAGAAACUCCAGUCAAAUCUUCACAGGAGAGACCAUUUAAAAAAGAAGGUAAUUUGAUGCUGAAUUGCUGCAGUACGUGGUGAACAUGGAUGCCAAAGUAGUGUUGAAAAGGUUAAAGUAAACAAGUAUGGAGAUGCUUGGGAAGAGUGAGAACUGAAUCUCUGCAUGUACUGAAGGAAGUUAUCGUCAAUCAGCUUACUUCAGCUCCACCUGUUGCUCAUGAAUAUCUGCACACUUUGGUGUAUUCUGCCAAACCGAAAUAUGUUAUAAUAAAGGAGACUAGAUUUUAUUUUUGACUUUCCGGAAGAGUGAAAAAUUAUAGAUUAUAGGCUUAACAUUGUAUAGCUUUGCACCAUUGGGGAACUAGACUAUUGAUGAGAACAGUGAUUUUAAACAGUUUGAUAUUGUUUAGAAAUAAUGAAAAAGGGAUAGUUCGCACUAAUUUUAUACAUUUGUAAUGAGAGAUGAGACACUGGCAUAUGUAAACAGACUAAGUCGGAGGUACUGGUGUUGAGAGGGAAAAAAACUAGUCCUUUCAGAUUAUUCAAGACUCCCAUUAAAAGUCACUCAGUAAAACAUACCCUCUUAUUUUGUUUGUUCUGAAAGUAAUGAGAUGUAAAAUCCCAGUGCUAUUUACCCCCAUCUAAUUAGUAAGGUAUUAAAAUAGAUUUUAAUUUCUCCCAUAUUUUUGGGGACUUCAAAGUCAGAUCUUAUUAACCUGCAAUAAAUCUUUAGGACUAAACAGUAAAAAUGGACGGUGAUGAGGAACUAGCUAGGUACCAGAGUAUAUGUACACUUUUCACGCUCUUUAAAAACGUUUCAGAAUAACGUGCACAUUUUAGUGAGUUAUCCUGACUCAUCUACCCCUGAGUGAUUGUCCUGACAAGACCCAAGUUUACCAGAAGCACAGAAAAUGAUUAAAUGAAAGAAAAAGGAAACAUUAAAAAAGCAUCUCUAUUUAGGCAUAGUGGGUAAGUGUAUUAGUUCCUUACAUUUUGGUGACUUGGGUCCAAAUUCUGGCCUGGAUUGAAAAAUAAUUUUGUGGUUUUAUCCUUAUUCCCAUGUUUGCACGUCACAAAACCACCACACAGUUUGUCGCUACUUUGUCUCUUGAGAAGAGAUCCCCUUGAGUAGAAUAUAGCAUUAGUAUUUCUGUUCAGACUGAGAUACAUUGGCAGAGCUGUGCUGACACAUUUUCCUAGUAUCUGCUUACCUCCCACAUAUCUGGAUCAAAACAGUGCCACCAGUCUCUUUCAUGAGCACUAGAAUCUCAUCUUCAAGCUGUGACCUUCAGCUGCUCUACUUAUAUUCUUAGCCUGUCAGCACUGUCUCUUUCUGGUUUGGUUAAAGGUGUGCUGAAACUGAUCAAUAUCAACCCUAACUUAAUGAGAGAAGAGAAGGAAUUAUAUUACCAGACAAGAAAAAUGCUCUUGAGGACCUCAUUGAUUCAAUGGACCAACAAAAGAGCAACAUGACAGAAAGAUUCACCAGAGUGGUACAGAGUAAGCUGAAAUGAGGAUGACAAAUAAAUGUAGAGAAGAUGAGUUCUUAAAGAACCAAACAAUGUUUAAGAACAUCUGAAUAACAGGUCUGUUUGCAGAGAAAGGAAAUGCCAAACGACUUCUGACCGUAAGUGGAUUACUAGCAUCAGGUUAUCUUGAGGCUAACUGUAAAAAAGACCCCAAUUUACCUUGAUGGGAGAAGGCUUUCAGGUCUGAAAUGAGAGGUCCAUGAAAGUACUAGAAGUCAGCAGGAUUUGUACUGUUGUUGAAUGAUGGGGACAGUGCAGAAUACUGAAAGUGGUCAGAAAAGUACUAUUAUCAUGAGAGAAAUUCAUAUAACGUUUUCUUGAUUUCUCCUUGUUAUACCCACCAUACAAAAAAGGAGACAAUAACUUACUAAGCUGCAAACUAGUAACAGGAAGUUGUAACACUUAUCUUUGCGUAACUGAUCUUUAAAGAGAGAAGGUACAUUUUUCUGGCACUAUGUUGAAGCAGACAAUCUCUAAGUGAAGGAAGGACCCAAGGAAAAGCAUCGAGGAAUAAGUUUGAGGAAAAAUACCGAUAUUUUUCACUCCCUCCCAAUCCGUAAAGGAGGUAGUAUUUUGGACAAUCAUCUUGCCAAUACAAAUGUCUUGCUUUAUUGUUUUUGUGAAAUGUGGACUACAUUAGACUCUUUUGGAACAUGUUUGUAAGAGUCCGGUGACUCUCUCUUUGUCUUUGCCUCAGAAAUCUGAAUUAAUAUUUGCUUGUACUGAAGGUUCUUACAAUUUCUGUGUGUGUGUGUUUUAUGUAGAUGAAUGUUUUCUACCCUUAGGGCUUGUCUGCAUGGGAAAUUAUACUGGUUAUACCAGCAAACUCCCCAUAGGGAUGCUUAGAUUCAAGAAUGAGUGUGAUUUUUCCAGUUUAAUUUGUCACUUUGGAAGCAGUUUAAGCUAAACCUGAAGAAGGCGUUCUUAUUCCAGAAUAUGAGGGUUUACACAGGGAGUUAUACUGGUAUAACUGUACCAUUGAAUUUCCCUGUGUAGACAAAAGUCCUUCAUAAUGAGUUAGAACAAUGAAAACAUGGGGCUGCAGUCUGAUCCUUCUUCCUUUCAUCACUUCUCUCCAGAAAUCAGUGGACAGAUGUUGCACUGCAUGUGAGAAUCCAUUUGGACUAUCAUUAGAAAUAUUUUAAUCUGCCUCACUAUUUAUUUGUAAUUGUGUGCUUAUCUUAGGUAGUGUGAUGAUUGUGGACCAUCUGGUGCAGAACAGCAGUUGAUGGGAGAUUAUUUUACCCUUUUUCCCUUUAAAUAUUGAAAAAGGAAAAGUCAUCUACUCCAUUAAUAUUAUACCUUAAUCUUGCAUACUAAAGUGAGUGCUUUCUAAAUGCUGUAAGCAGUUUGUGUACUGAUCUGAAGCCAAAGGUUUUGAAAAUGAGUGACAUCUCACCCCAAAAUAAUUUUAUGUAUGCAAAAAUCAUUUUAUAUAACACUGUUAGAAGAAUUUUCAUUUUCUGUAGCUAUGAAAAUAAAGGGUAUAUCUCGUAUGUGGGAAACACUA